GUCAGCCCCACUUCAGAAGAGUUCAGGCUUCACUCACAGCGUGGGAAAAAAGAGAAAAACCUCAAGACAUCAUUUAUUUUGCGCGGAGCAAUACAACAAGCUUAUCUAACAUAAAGGGUUAGCAUACCAAAAAGCAAAGCCAUUUCAGGCAGGAUCUUUAUUUUAGGAACAUCCCAGGAGCCCCUUCCACUUUUGUCCAGGUGGUGUGUCCUUCUCCAGGGGGUGUGAAAGAGCUUCACGAGCUCCACGAUGCGCGCGCUUCUCCCUCUCAGCCUGUAUUGCAUCAGCCUCCUGUGCCUCCAACUUCACGCGCUCCCGCUGCAUGGAAACAGGUUGGACUUCAAGACAAUCUUACAUCAGCUGAGGGAAGGAAGCUCUGCCUUCCCAGACUCUGAUCCAUCCUCUGAUGAUCCCACUAAUGCCCCAGCUGUACCUUUGGACAGAACUUCUUUAUGGCGAGCCUUACUCUAUAAAAACCCACCUGCAUCGUCACAGGAGUUGACAAGUGCUCUCAACCCAACUGCGAAUUCUGUUGAGCGAGGAUCAGAGUUAAACCAAAGAAGCCCCAGAGGUCGUCGCAAUGCACAUGUUCGGGGUCAUCAUCACCAACAUGGCCAGCUGAUGCGCGUCGGGUGUGUCCUGGGCACGUGCCAGGUACAGAAGCUCAGCCAUCGCCUCUACCAGCUGGUUGGCCAGACUGGACGUGAAGACUCAGCUCCUAUAAACCCACAUAGCCCACAUAGUUAUGGAUGAUCUUCAGAGAGGCUACGGCCCAAACCGAAACCCCAACAAAACAGCUCUACUUGCAUUUGAGCUCUAUUUUUUGCUAAUAGCUUUAGAUUACUGUCGAAUUUCCUCUUUUUCCUUUCUGCUUGUGCUUUACACUUUCAUCAUGCAUAAAUUAAAGUGCCUUUUUUUGAGAAGAAAGGAUCUGAUGUUACUGAUAUACAUGGCUAAAUCAUUUUUUCUCUGCCCUCUUUUCACAACAAACAAGGACUUUCCUUGACUUUGGCCUCAAAUUGGAUGUCUUGAGUUCUUUAGAGACAUUUUGACAUUGUAAUCCCUUUAAUCCCUUCUGCGUAAAAAGUGCCACUUUGGAUUUUUGGAUCUCGUCUAUGAUGCUAAGUAACCUCUCAUCAUCUACAAACACGAGGAUUUCACUUAAGAUAGUUAACAUCAGAUAUGGACUUAAUUCAGGAGCGUGAUGGAAUUUCUGCCAAAUUAAGGUGGUGCUGAACUUUUAUCUCUUCUCUCGAAUCUCCAAAUCUUAAAAGCAAUGAGUGUACCCAUUGCAGCUUGGGAAAAUAUUCCCAUAGUGAGUAGAAGAGAUCUUGUCCCUUUGAUUUGAAGACCACCAGCCCACCAUGUCAAGAAAUUCACAUCUCUAGUUGCUCUCUUUAGAAUGUCAGAACAGACAUUUUAUUUGAAAAAAGAUGAUCUUGAUUCCAUUUUCCUGCAUAAAUCAUGGGCAGUUGGUUGUGGCCACUAAGGUAUUGUUUUUGCCGUAACACUCAGUGAAACACUGAAGCAGAUUAUCACUGCUGUGGCACAGCUUUUUAUGAUUCUUGGACUGAUAUUCGUUAACACAUUCAUGAAUUGUGAAGUGACGAUAAAACCUCGAGCAACGUUUAAUGAGCUGGUUAUAAUCCCUUCGGUUCUUUCCUACUAGAACCCUGCUGGGCUUAGCGUCAUAAACAAACGAUGGCUUGAUCCCAAGCAAUUCCUAACAGGUGAUUAAAACACACACAUUUGGACAGACACCAAUCAAAUUAGCCCUUGCUUAUAUCAUUCAUAAUUUACAAAGUGAAAAAUGACAUCAUUCUAGGAAUUAAUUGCUUUUUUAAAUACAAUAUAAUGACUGAAAAAUAAUAAAAAAUCUUUUAAAAAGGCAGAGUCCCAUGCACAGCCAGCCAGAUAUCUUAAAACGAAGAAAACAAGAGCAUUUCUAUUGUUGCACUAAUUAUAAGACUAAAGUUCUACCAAAAUUUGAGACGAGAGUGCGCCAGAUCUGCAAUGACAUAAAUGCUCCAUAAACGCUCUAAACGCUUGUUAUGUAUUUUAAAGGUCCUUUUUUUCGCAUAAUGAUUGUGUCCCAACCCGUGGCCGUAGAGCUCACCCCAAAAUUACUCUGUCUGUGCCUUUCAGGAAAAAAUAGACCAGCCUGAAAAUGGCCUGUUGUUUAAAGCCAUGUUAAGACCAUGUUAAAAUAACCAAAGUAAUCUCAAAAGCCAAAUGUGA